AUCAUCAUCCGUCGUCAUCGUCUUCGUUCCGUCGCGAGGAGGUCGGCCAUUACGCUAAGUGUGCAAAAGAAACAUCCCGUCGUUAAAAUUCCGUGAUUUUGGUGCCGUUACUGAGCGCGUUGCUAGCCACGGGUACCAGAUUCGUGGGCAGCCACAUCCGGCACGUUAGCGAGUGAACUUCCGGGACGCCGAAUCGACGUGGUUUCGGAGCAGUGGAUGUUUUACUUUUGGUUUCUAGGGGUGGCGACCAAUUGCGACGACUGAAUACGGAAAGAGAGCAUAGAGGUUGGUUUUUCACAACGAAAACUUUCCCACAGCCUUGCUGGAUUUGUGGUUGAGGAAAGUGACAAAAGUCCUCGUGCAAGUCCCGGGUUUUCAACAGUUAGUUCAUAAACGACGAGUUUAGUGAAACGGGAAUAAAAUCGAUUCAUAGCAAGUGAAGUUCAUUGUCGCCAACAACCAGUUUGUAAGGAUUUCCCAAGGUCGGGGUUUCCUCCGAAUGGCGUCUGGCGCGAGCUUUACCGUACCGAGUGGAAGCAGCACCAGUAGCAGCGGCAGCAGUGGCAUUGGACUAAGCAGUGGCGGCAGCAGUGCGAGUAGUUCUAGUUCCAGUUCCAGUGGUGGCCAGAGCCUGGCCCGGGAUGACAGCAAAUGGUACUUUACAUCCGAACAGUUAAGCCAAUCGCCCAGCCGCAAGGCCGGCAUGGACGCCGAUCAGGAGCUCAUGUACAGGCAGCGGGCUGCAAAUCUGAUCCAGGACAUGGGCCAGCGAUUGCAAGUAUCACAACUCUGCAUCAAUACUGCCAUCGUGUACAUGCACCGAUUCUUCGCUUUCCAUUCCUUCACACAAUUCCAUCGGAAUAGUAUAGCGGCGGCCGCACUUUUUCUCGCAGCCAAGGUCGAAGAGCAACCGCGCAAGCUCGAACACAUUAUCAAGGUGGUCAGCAUCUGUCUCAACCUAGAGGCACCCGAUCCUUCCAAGGAGAGCUACGCCGAACAGGCUCAGGAUCUGGUGUUCAACGAGAAUGUGCUCUUGCAAACGCUCGGUUUCGACGUUGCGAUCGAUCAUCCGCACACGCACGUCGUCAAGACCUGCCAUCUGGUCAAAGCUUCCAAAGACUUGGCACAGACUUCUUACUUCAUGGCAUCCAACAGUUUACAUCUGACAACCAUGUGUCUUCAAUACAGACCGACAGUGGUCGCUUGCUUUUGCAUACAUCUAGCUUGCAAAUGGUCACGAUGGGAGAUUCCUCAAUCGAACGAGGGUCGCCACUGGUUCCAGUACGUAGACAAAACCGUCACCUUGGACAUGCUAAAACAGCUGACCGACGAGUUCCUUCAUAUCUUCGAUCGCUGCCCAACGCGGCUCAAGAGUAAGAUGAAAUCGAUACGUGCAGAUCCCUCGGAGGAUUCGAGCAGACGGAGUGGCUCAUCCGGGAUGCCCGCCCCCUCCAUUCCGCGGGGUAUCGACGACGCUGGAUCGUCGUCCUCCUCUAGUCACCACCGAUCGUCAUCAUCGUCGCAUUCACACUCUAAGCAAAGCUCUUCUAGUGGUGACCCAAUGAUGAAACAAUCCUCAGGAAACCACAAAAUUCCUUCCCUUUCGUCGUCGUCGAGUUCGCGAUCGCGAAAUGAUCGUAUCCCAUCAUCGCAGCAACAGAUGCAUGCCCAACAGCAGCAGCAGAUGAUGUCCGGUAGUGGUGGUCAUUACGGUUCAAGCAGUAGCUCCGGAAAUAAGAUGCCAUCUUCAAUGGCACAUCACAGCAGCAGCAGUCGCUCAGGUAUGCCCCCUACUUCUUCGUCCUCCUCUUCGCGAGGGCCAGGCUAUAUGCACGAUGGGUCAUCAAGAGAUUCCAAGAACCGUAUGAUGCCAACGGCUGGAGGAAGCAGCAGUAGUUCCUCAUCCAUGGGAUCGAUGCAUCCGUACGGACAGAACAAAAUGGACCGGCACAGCAGUAGUGGAAGCAACAGCAGCAGCAGUCAGAAAAGCCAAUCGAUGGCCCACAUGGAUAGUAAGAGUGCGAUGAAGGCCUCCAUGAUGGGUGGUCAUUUCAGCGCCACAAGUCAGCCGGAUGGCAGAUCUUCAACUUCCAUGGUGAAGCAACAGCAACAAAUGCCCUACGGGUCUCACCCGCCAAGCUACAGCCAAUCGAUGAGUAACCGUAACAGUGGCAUGCCAACAAAUGAAAGCGUUUCCGUCCCUACAUCGCAGCAGUUUAAAAAUCCUAUGCAACCCAUUCCAACGGGAUCCGAGUCUACCUUCCGACUCAUUGAUGAUAAUAACCGAUUAGCCGAUCCCGUACAGAUAUCAACACCUCCCAAGCAGUCAAAACCCUCGUCGAUUUUCAGUCCAGAUUGGAAGGACAACCAAGGGGACAGCGUAUCGAAUACCGCUGGUAGCAAAUCUCGCUCACAAGUGCACCCAUCAAUUAAUCCUGCCACGGGGAAACCUAUCAAAGAGAGCCCUAGCAGUAGGGAUAAGAAACCAGUUCUGCCUUCGUACGCCGAUCAACAAGGCCAAAAACCUCGUACAGAAACGCCGAAAAAGGACCGACGCACGGAUUCAGGUACAGGUGCUGGAGGUGUCAAUCAUCAACCAAAAUCCGCGGAAAAGAAAUCCUCCACAACAUCGUCAUCAAGCUCAUCGAGCAGCUUGAAACGAUCAUUAGAAUCUAACAUGAUGCCGCCCAUGUCCGGGUCAUUGGGAGGUGCACACACGGGCAGUACUAUUGAUCCUAUUGAACUGCUAGGUAUCAAUAAAAUACCAUCUAGCCAGUCGUCCACAUCCAAACGUUCACUACCCAACAGUGAACAGGUUCGACAAGAAGAUGGAACCGAUUUCCGAGAGGCAAAGUUGAGAAAAGUGGAAGUACCUUCGCCUUCCGAUCAGCUUUUUGCAUCGACAUUCGAGAUGGGCACAACCUUCGAUAAAAAUGAUGACGGAUUUUCAUUGUUUUCAUUCAACGACCCUGGAUCACUACUAUCCCAACCGUUGCUUAGUGAUUCUAAACCAAUAAUCUCUGGUAAAAGUAGUAGUUUCCCCAGUACGCUGAACGGAAUCGAAACGAAUCCGGCGCUUGUGAGUAGUUUGUUGAAAGAGAGUUUAAGCAGCAAUGAAACCAAAUUCGGAACACUCAGCAGCAACAGUGGUUCGAGUAGUGCGUCCAACAUUACAGGAAACACAACCACAAGCGGUAUCUCAUCAGCACCAUCGUUGGCAUCUACCGGUGCUAGUGCUGCCUUAUCAUCAACUUCCAAUCUCAACGCACUGUCCUCAACGCAAAGCGUAUUGUCAAACGUACCUGAUAAAAUCAAGAAAGAGGCUCCAUCGCUUAUCGAUAUCAACGCCCCAGCAACGAUCAGUAGCUUACUCGCCCAACCUACUCCGGCCGUAUCAGCGAUGUCUACGAUACCGACGAUCGCGAGCAACUCUAUCGCCAAAACGUCGAGCGGCAUCGACACUCUUACAGGUGAUAUCUCGGACUCCAAAGACGAUGAUCACCGGUCCAAAUCCGAUAAGAAGAAGAAAAAAGAGAAACAUAAGCACAAGGAAAAGAAUAAAUCCAAGGAUAAAGAUCGGGAAGAGCGUAAAAAACACAAGAAGGAAAAGAAUAGACAUAAGGACCGCGAACGAUCUGAUCAGAGCGCUGAUUCUGGAACGCUCAAUCCGCCAGGUCCGAUCAAAAUCAAGCUUCCGAAGGACAAACUGAAUCUCCCUACACUCUCGGAUGGUGCUACGGCGGGACAUCCUCCAUUGGCAUCGGAUUCAGGGCUCAAGAUUAAAAUACCCAAGGAUCGACUAUCCGGAUCAUCCUCAAUCAACACCUCGGGAUCGGCGACUACCGCGUCUGGUUCCGGAGGCAGUGGUGCCAAUACUGGGCCACCGCCAACAAAUCCGCUCAAGUUAAAAAUCUCCAAGGAUAAAAUUGAAAGCUACAUCAGCGGUACGGAUGGGGUCGGUGGUUUUAACAAUGGAUCCGGGCACGGUCAAGGCGCUGGCGUCACCGGCGGUGUUGCCUUGGGAUCUUCAGGUGGAAGCGGCCAUCACGGUCACAGCAGCAAAAAGAAAGAUCGCGACAAAGAACGUGACAAGGGCAAAUCGAACAAAUCCAGCAGCGAUCACAAGCAGAAUGGUAGCGGAGGGUCAUCUUCAAUAGGUGCUCCGGCCGGGACGACCACUUCCAGUAAAUCUUCCUCCAGCAAGCAAAAAAUAGCUUCCAUGGUAUCGCAACAACAGUAUUCUUUGUUCGGUACUGCGGCCGGUGGUUCUGACCAACAUCCGGCAGGCACGACGGUUCCUGCUAUGCCGCAGCAUCCGGCGAGUUUCGAUUUCAUGCAGCAUGCUCAGGCACCGACACUGCAGCAGCAGCAACAGCAACAACAGUACUACAGUCAGUUCGGUGCCUUCAACACGACGACGUCCCAGCAACAGCAACAGCAGAUGAUGCUGAACACUAGUGCCAUGAAGAUGUCUGGCACAGGAAAUGCAAAUAAUUCUACCGGCGCAUUACCAAACUAUGGUUACUAUGGUUCCGGUAGUCAGAAUAACGGUAGCAACACUGGCAAAAAAUAGCAACUUCCGCAGCCGAGGAAUCCGCUUCUGCUAAGUUUGCGAGUUCGGCAAAGAAAACCCUAGAUUUAAGUAGUUGAAUUAUCUUUUUUUUAAUUAUUUUUUUUUUCAUGUUAAGUUUUUUUUAUACUUUCCAAAACGUUUUCUUUCUGGACAGAAAAUAAAUUAUGAUGUUACUGGUCAUCAUCCGAUUAACUUAAUAGGGACUGUACAUAGUAGUAAAUAUGGAAAUAUAUAGAAUUUGAACACCUUACAAAGCAAUAUUUAUAAUUCGUUUGCUAAUCUCCGUUGCAGAGUGGCACGGAAUGUUAUGAAAAUUAAUGUUAGAAUUUCAAUUUAGGCAUAAUCCCAAGCGGAAUAUCUAUAUCAUUACUCGAGCGCCUAACAGAUAACAGCACUAAUUUUAACCAUAUGGAUGCUAACUGUCUAGUAUAAUGCACGAGUGUGCUUGAAAUUGGAGCUAUUCAUCUGGCGAGAUCUAAAUUGUUAAAACAAAAUACUAUCUAAAAUGUCGAUAAACUGCUGCAGAUAUUCGACUCAAAAAGGUUAGACAAAAUUCGUUCACCAAUCAUCAGCUAUAAAAAAAGGAAUCCCUUAUUCGAUGGCUAGUAUAAAAAAAUUGUCACCAACCUAAAACGGUGAACACUUAAUACACGAAAUCAAGCACAUGAUAGUUGUUAAAUGCGUUAGGGAAACACUAAAAAUUCCUACUAGUUACAGAAAAUAUUUAUAUAUUAAAAACAUCAAGCAUGAAAUGAAAAGUCUGAGCCUGAGAAGUGAAAAAGCAUAGGAAUAUAAAACAAAACACCCAAGCACCUUAUCAGAAAAAAUAAGCAUACUAAAAUCGUAUCGGACCAAUUUCUGUCGCCGAUACGCGCUAAUGAACAUAAACUGAAAAUAAAACUAUGAUAUUGUACUGAAUAAAAUGGAAAAUCCAAUCUUGUAGUUAGUUAAUACAAAAAAAAAGGAAAUAACAAUCGCAUCGUAUCAACUGUUCUGAACGUGGUGGUACAUUUGAAUAAGGAAAAAAAACCCUACUAAACCACUACCUAUACAAGUACAUAAGUGUAGUGAGCAGAGGAAAAGCAUCGAACAAAAAAUGUGAAUAAUAAAAAUAAAAAUAAAUGGCGCACCACGCCUUUACUACUUGCA